CGACGAAGCGUUUCUUGCGCGAAAUUUAGUAAACAAUUGUAGCUAACUUUUCGUAACUUUUUGCAUGGUUUUCGAAUAUCAAAAAAGAACAAUGACAGUACUGCAAUAUUUUAAGCAGCCUGGGCUAAGUCGAGGGGCGCAGAUUUCAGCCAAAACUAAAAUCUGUGCUACCAACCCCCAUUUUGACAGUCUGCACACAGAGCAGUGCUUUUACAUUGAGUGCCAAGAAGAUUUGAGUGAAGAGGAGCAGAGGAGGCUAUCAUGGUUGCUUUCAACACCCUUCUCUAAGAAUGCACUGACUUCCAACCCCACCCUGCAGGUUGAUACAGCAAAUAAUGCCCUCCUGGUUGAAAUUGGACCAAGGCUGAAUUUCUCUACACCUAUGUCUACAAAUGCAGUUUCCAUCUGCCAAUCAAUUGGUCUAACAAAAGUCUUGAGAAUUGAAGCAUCAGUGCGGUACCUGAUCCAAUUCAAAGACUCGAAGCCUUCUCAUUCUGAUGAAGAGGCGAUUGUCCAGUGCCUUCAAGACCGUAUGACCCAGUGUCGAUAUCUGGAACCAGUGAAGACAUUUGCCCUGGAGAAGCGUGCUGACCCGGUGUAUGAGGUGGAUGUGUUCGGAAAAGGGAGAGCUGCGCUAGAAAAGGCCAACAAUGACUUAGGGUUGGCCUUCGACAACUGGGACCUGGAUUUCUAUACACAGCUGUUCAAGGAAAAAAUUCUUCGGAAUCCAACAAGUGUUGAGUGCUUUGACCUUGCACAAUCCAACAGCGAGCACAGUCGCCACUGGUUCUUCCGUGGGAAGCUUGUGAUUGAUGGUGAAGAAGUUGAUGGCUCACUCUUCAAGAUGAUUAUGGCCUCUCAGGAACACACUAACAACAACAACAUCAUUAAGUUCAAUGACAACAGCAGUGGUAUCCAAGGUUACCCAGUAGAGGUGUUUGUGCCCGAGGACCCCACUGGGCCCAGCAAGAUGAUUCGCAUUGAGAAGGAAACCAGGCACAUAAUCUUUACAGCAGAGACACACAACUUCCCCACAGGUGUGGCUCCGUUUCCUGGUGCGACAACAGGUGCGGGUGGUAGAAUUCGGGAUGUACAAUCUACUGGAAAAGGCGCACUGGUUAUGGCAGGGACUGCAGGAUACAGCUUUGGCAACCUCAAUAUUCCAGGUUACCAUCUACCAUGGGAGGACAACAGCUUUAAAUACCCAGCUAAUUUCGCCAGUCCGGUUGAGAUAGCCAUAGAAGCAAGUAACGGGGCCUCAGACUAUGGCAACAAGUUUGGAGAGCCUGUUUUAGCGGGUUUUGCCCGUUCAUUCGGUAUGGAAUUGUGCCCAGGCAACCGACGAGAGUACAUCAAACCGAUCAUGUUCAGUGGGGGGAUUGGACAGCUGAUCGAAAACCAUGUGCAAAAGGAUGAGCCGAGGAAAGGUAUGGAGGUGGUGAAGGUUGGUGGGCCGGUGUACCGCAUCGGUGUUGGGGGUGGAGCCGCCUCUUCUGUACAGGUCCAGGGAGACAACAGGGCAGAACUUGACUUCGGGGCCGUGCAGCGAGGCGAUGCCGAGAUGGAGCAGAAGCUGAACCGCCUCAUACGAGCCUGCGUUGAAAUGCGGGAACGAAAUCCCAUUGCCAGUAUACAUGACCAAGGCGCUGGUGGAAAUGGCAAUGUCUUGAAGGAACUAGUGGAGCCUGCAGGUGCAAUUAUCCGUGCUGGGGCCUUUCAACUAGCUGACCCUACUCUGUCCUUGCUGGAGGUUUGGGGUGCUGAGUACCAGGAGAGUAACGCCCUGCUGCUGCCCCGUGAACACGUUGGGCUGCUCACGAAGGUGGGGCAGAGGGAGAGGUGUCCUGUGUCGUUUGUGGGAACAGUCACUGGAGAUGGAAGGAUCAAAUUGGAGGACUUCACCAAUACCUCUAAGAAAAGACCUUUAGAAAUUGGAAUGGAGAAUGCUAAAAGACCAAAAACUGAAAAUGGUUUUCAAUCUGAAGACAACACUGUGAAGUCUGAUGGGGAUCAAGACAAACCAGCAAAAACAUUGGAAAAUAAUGAUAGCAUGAAUGGUCACACGAAAAAUUAUAGAAACGCAGAAAAUGUGUCCAAUGGGGACACUGCGAAACAGGCUGUAACCAAUGGAAACGCAGAAAAUGUGUCCAAUGGGGACACUGCAAAACAGCCUGUGACCAAUGGAAAAGCAGAAAAUGUGUCCAUUGGGGACACAGCAAAACAGUCUGUGGCCAAUGGAAACAAUGAAAAUGGUCAUGUGAUCAAUGGAGGGACAGAUGAGGCUGGAGACAAGGUGGAGGUCAGAUAUCCUGUUGACCUUGACCUCGAACAUGUACUGGGAAAGAUGCCUCAGAAGGUAUUCAACUUGAACCGCCAACCUGCUGUGUUGAGGCCCCUAUGCUUACCAGAGGGUCUUGCUGUACAAGAGGCCCUGGAGAGAGUUCUUAGGUUACCCUCAGUGGCUAGCAAGAGGUACCUCACAAAUAAGGUAGACCGAUGUGUUACAGGCCUAGUGGCCCAGCAGCAAUGUGUGGGCCCCCUCCACACACCCCUUGCUGAUGUUGCUGUCACCGCCCUCUCGUACACGGAGACCCGCGGGUCUGCGACUGCUAUCGGGGAACAGCCAAUCAAAGGGCUGAUAUGCCCUGCGGCUGGGGCCAGGAUGUCUGUAGGAGAAGCACUUACAAACCUUGUGUUUGCUAAAGUCUCUGACCUGAAGGACAUAAAAUGUAGUGGUAACUGGAUGUGGCCUGCCAAGUUGCCCGGUGAAGGUGCUGCCCUAGUGGAGGCGUGUAAAGCCAUGUGUGAUGUAAUGGCCACCCUUGGUAUUGCCAUCGAUGGUGGAAAAGACUCCCUCAGUAUGGCUGCCAGAGUUGGGGAGGAAACAGUCAAAGCUCCAGGUACCCUUGUGAUCUCGGCAUAUGUUGGCUGUCCAGACAUUACACUCACUGUCACUCCAGACUUGAAAUGUCCCCAAGGGAAAGGUCAUUUACUGCAUGUUGACAUUGAUGGUGGUCGUUGUCGUCUUGGGGGCACUGCCCUCGCUCAGUGCUACAGACAGCUUGGCGAUCAAACACCUGAUCUGGAUCAUCCAGAGGCUCUCAAGGAGGCAUUCCUGUUCACACAGAAACUCAUUGGAGAGCGCAAGAUAAAGGCCGGUCACGACAUCAGUGAUGGAGGCCUAGUUACUGCCUGUCUUGAGAUGGCAUUUGCAGGAAAUUGUGGCCUACAGCUAAACUUUGACCAGCGCGACUGUUCUGUUCUUGAGAGACUGUUUAAUGAAGAACUCGGCCUAAUCUUGGAGAUAUCAGAAGCAGACGUUCAGUAUGUGCAGGACCAGUACUCUGCAGCAAAUGUGUCCUGUAAUCUGAUUGGCUACUCACAAGGAUUAGGACCUGAGGGCAUGGUCUCAUUAAAAGUGGGUGAGGUCAUUGUACUAGAGGGGCGUAUGACAGACCUGCGUGAUGUGUGGGAGGAGACAAGCUUCCAGUUAGAGUUACGCCAGGCCAACCCCAUCUGUGUUAACCAGGAGAGGGAAGGGCUCAAAGUCCGACAAGCCCCACCCUACAGACUCACGUUUGACCCUGAUAUUAUUCACAUCAUACCUUCUGGCAAAACUUGUCCACGAGUGGCCGUCUUACGGGAGGAGGGGAGCAACAGUGAUCGUGAAAUGUCAGCCGCAUUCCUCAUGGCCGGAUGUGAGGUAUGGGAUGUCAACAUGCAAGACCUAUGCAGCGGUGCGAUUACCCUUGAUAUGUUCCAUGGUUUAGCAUUUGUUGGCGGAUUCAGCUAUGCUGAUGUACUCGGAUCUGCUAAAGGAUGGGCAGCUACUGCUUUGUUCAACAAGUCUGUGCAGGCCCAACUAAAGGCCUUUUACGAGCGAGAGGACACGUUCAGCCUUGGCGUGUGUAAUGGCUGCCAGCUGAUGGGAUUGUUGGGCUGGAUUGCCCCAGACAACACAGGUGCUGAAAAUGAUGGCAAAAAAGGUCAGGGUGUAUUCCUGGACCACAAUGACUCUGAGAGGUUUGAGUGUCGCUACGUGACUGUCCGGGUGUAUGACAGUCCAGCAAUCAUGCUGAAAGGAAUGGAGGGCUCUGUGUUUGGAAUGUGGAGUGCUCACGGAGAAGGCAAGAUGAUUUUCAAAACAGACCAACUCUAUGAUCAGCUGAAAUCCAGCAGCCUCAUCCCAGUCCGCUAUGUAAAUGAUUCAGGGGAAGCAACCACAGCUUACCCAUUCAACCCCAAUGGAUCAAUGGAUGGAGUUGCUGCCCUUUGCUCUGAAGAUGGCCGCCAUCUGGCAAUUAUGCCACAUCCUGAGCGGAGUUUUCUGCCCUGGCAAUGCCCCUGGGUGCCGGAAGAAAUGAAGGAAUCCUUAGAUGCCUCCCCCUGGCUGAAAAUGUUCCAGAAUGCCUUUGACUGGAGUGUUGUCAAAAUAAAUAGCUCGUAAUGGGUGGUUCUCAAGGUGCUUAGUACUAAACAUGCUUCAUACCUAACACUUUUGUUCAUUAAUCUCAGUUUUGUAAUACUCAUUAUUGGAAUAUUUAUGCCAUGUUUUGCUAAAUAUCUUCUUUUUUUUGCUUUUUUUUUUUUUGAAUGCUUACAUUUGGUUCACUCUAUACCGGAUGAUAAUAAUCAUUAUAAAGCUAUUUUGAAAUAAUAUUGAUGGAUAAAAUUAAUUGACUAAUGUUUAUGUUUCUUAAACAAUUUUGAUGUUAAAUGUGCCAUAAAAAGUUGAUUUUGUGUGUUAAAAAGAGAUGUUUAAAUAAUGAAAAUUUAUCUUACAUGAUUAUGAUCAAAGUAAAUGUUAUUUGAGUGCUACUUUCUUUUUUUCAAAAUUAAAUAUUUGCUGUUGAAUUGCAUGCCUGUUCCUCGUGUUUACAAUGAUCUACUCUUUGUGUCAUGAUUAUUCGAUGUAACAGUUCAAAUAUUGAUCUCAUACUUGUAUAAUUUCAUAUCCGGUGUUCUUAUGAUCUCACUGAUUUACUCACACAGUGAAUUUUUGUUUAGAGAUUGUUUUUCUGUACCUUAUAUAUAAAUAAAAAUAUAUAUACAUCAUUGAAUGUUAAGAAUACUCAAAACGUAUGUGUCAUACAUCAUGAUAGUUCAUAGUUUUUGUAUGAAACUGUUUUGAAAAUAUGUCGUUUUUUUGUAGAAAUAAUCAUUCAUAAUCAUAAUAAAGAGGGCGGUUUAUAGAAAUAAACAUGUCAUUUCUAUCGAAACUUCAUGACACCAUACAUGCCAUAUUUUCUGGAGACCAUUCAGGGGGAUUUGUUCAAAAGGCUGAAAAUUCAGGGGGAUUUUGGUUGUAUUCAGGGGGAUUUUUUUUAGCAGGUCUAAGUUGGCGAAAUUUUAAAGUAUUUUUAGACACAAUUAUGAAAAAAUGUAUUCACAUAUAGUUUGCUUUGAAAACCUCUUAACUUUUUCAUUAUACAGAAUUAUUUUAUGUCAUGAUUUAUCAUUUUUUUAUGAUACACUGUCAUGUCAUACUGUAAUGCACUUGCAGAACAAAAUACGUCAUUGGAAAAAUAUGUUUUCGAGACAAUUAAAUUAAAUUUACCUUCCUCCAAAGUCUUUAAAAAAAUUGUGCUUAAUUCUAUCAGCUUUGAUGACUUUCAGAUAAUAAGAGAAUAGAAUAAAUAUCAUUAAUUUCUUCCUUCCAAAAGAGUAAUAUUUCUUUGCCUUUGAUAAUUACUACAAAUUAAUUGAUCACUUGUUGUAAAAGUUUCCUUUUGGAGUGUUUCACUCACAUAGUAUUACUGUGGUUUCACUUUGUCAUUAUUGCCUGAUGUAAAAUUAUUAUUAUUAUUUAUUUUUUUUAAAUUCCGGGGGAUUUUUAUCUCCCGCCGGGAGAUCGGGGGAUGGAUCGAAAUUCCGGGGGAUUUUUCCCCCCGCCGGGUGAUAUGGCAUGUAUAUGACACUUCUUGGGCAGUUAAUCAAAGAUAUACUUAUUUUGAUUUUUUCAAAUACUUUGUAAGACAAAGUGGUCCAAUGGUAUAUUUAUCCACCUUUCACUCAUUGGUUGCAUUUGUUUUGUUUGAUAAGUGUUGAUAAUAGUUGCUGCACCUGGUACUGUGCUAUUGAAAUUAUACACAAGUGAAAAGAGGUAGUUUUAUGAUUUCAAUCAUAUGGUAUGUUGGUGAUGUAAAUGUUUUGUACCAUGUUGUCAUGGAAAACGUUCAAUAACAAGUGUGUUUAAGUGAAUGGCUUUGUAAUAGUAAUUGCAUGGUUAAGCUCUGCCUACUUGUCACCAUUUAAAUAUUGGGGGAAAUCAAACAAAAACACUCUAACAUGAUACAAUAUGAUUUAUAGAUGUUUUAUUUAUAUCACAAGUUGCAAGAACAAUCAUUAGUGAGAUUAUGAAUGCCUAAAGCUAAGGGCAACUAUUUACAGAUAUAGUGUAGUCAAAAUGUUCCAUAAUUAAUGUACAUGUUUAUUUGCUCAUGUCUAUUUACAAGUUAGAAAUUAAUGGAAUUGUAAAUGUGAAAUGCCUUGAAAUCAUUUUCUUUUUGAAAAAGCCAAGGUUUAGAUUUAUUCAGUCUUAAAAUAGCUAAGAUUAUUUUCUAUCAAUGAAAUUUGAAAGUUACAUAAAUAUGCAGUUAAUUUGA